AUGCUUACCUUGACACUUACUGCAGACCUCUCUGGUGUGAAUGAACUUGUCCCCGAUGACAGCGCAGAGAAGAACUUCUGGUAUACUUUCAAAGUACAAUGUGUAUCAUGCAGAGAAAUUCAUCCCAACUUCAUAAAUAUCAAUAGAUUUGAAGCAAAUGAUAUGAGUGGUAGUAGAGGAGAGGCAAACUUUGUAUGGAAGUGCAAAUUUUGCAAGAAAGAAUCAUCUGCAUCAGUUAUAUCAACACCAGUUCCAUAUCAAGCAGCUUCUCCACCAACUCGUCAAAAGAUUUUAGAAUUUGAUUGUCGAGGUCUUGAGUUGGUAGAAUUCAAACCAGAGGGAGAUUGGUUGGCUGUUGGAACUGAUAGUGGUACCAAAUUUACUGCUAUCGAUUUGAAUGAUGGAGAAUGGUAUGAUUAUGACGAUAAAGCAGGAGAGGAAGUUAGUAUCAAGGACUUGAAAUGGGAAAUUAGGAGAAAUUGA